GGCGGCCCGGGGAAGGGAGGACGUGGUCCGCCUGAUCAGAUCUGCCCUAAAUAUGUAAAACUUCUCCCACAGCAGCGGGGACACCCCGCACAGCGACACCGUCCCUCGGCCGCUUGUCGGCGCGUCCCUGCGGCCCCUUCAGCCAGCGGGACAGGGGCGGGGGGGCAGGAGCGCCCGCCCUUACUAAAGAUGGCCGCCGGGGACAGCCAGCCAGCAGCGCAGCGCUGCGGCUGAAGCCGUUUCCGCCCGGCAGUGCCCGUCACAUGACCGCGGGGGGCUGUGGCCGCCGGUGCCCGGCGCCGCCGGGGCAGAGCGGUGUGGGCGAGGAGCGGAGCCGAGCCGAGCGGAGCCGAGCCGGGCCGGGCUGAGCCGAGCCCAGCCGAGCCCAGCCGAGCCGGGAGCGGAGCCGAGCCGGGCCGGGCUCCCGGCAGCAGCGGUGGCGCCGGGCGCCCUGGCCCUGGGCGCGCUGCGCGGUCCGAGUAGCAGCAGCGAGAUGGAGCCCGAGGAGGGAGAGGACCGCACCCCGCUGCUGAAGGAGUCCCAGCCCGGCACGGUCCCUGCAUGCUGCUCAGCUCGCUACAACCUAGCACUCCUGGCCUGUUUUGGGUUCUUCCUCCUGUAUGCAUUACGUGUGAACCUAAGUGUUGCUCUGGUGGAUAUGGUAGAACCUAACACAAGCUUAGCAAAGAAUGCGACUUCCAAUGUGUGUCCAGAGCAUUCUUCCACCAUAAAUGUUCCUCGCAACACAACGGGGGAAAAGUAUUCUUGGGAUGCUGAUACUCAGGGAUGGAUCCUUGGUUCUUUUUUCUAUGGUUAUAUCAUUACUCAGAUUCCAGGAGGAUAUCUUGCAAGCAGAAUUGGAGGGAAGCUUUUGCUGGGGUUUGGCAUCUUUGGUACCUCUGUAUUCACAUUGCUUACUCCAUUAGCUGCAAACUUGGGAGUUGGCUACCUCAUAGCUGUCAGAGCCUUGGAAGGACUGGGAGAGGGUGUUACCUUCCCAGCUAUGCAUUCAAUGUGGUCUUCUUGGGCUCCUCCACUGGAACGCAGCAAGCUCCUUAGUAUUUCAUAUGCAGGUGCACAGCUGGGAACUGUUGUCUCUCUGCCACUAUCUGGUUUAAUUUGCUAUUAUAUGAACUGGGUUUAUGUGUUCUACAUAUUUGGUGCCCUUGGCGUAUUAUGGUGGUUCUUCUGGAUGUGUUUGGUUAGUGAUACACCAGAAACUCACAGGAGCAUUUUGCAUGCUGAAAGAGAAUAUAUACUGUCUUCUCUAAAAGAUCAGCUUUCUACACAGAAAUCUGUUCCCUGGAGACCUAUGCUGAAGUCCCUUCCACUCUGGGCUAUCGUUGUGGCACACUUCUCUUAUAACUGGACUUUCUAUACACUUCUUACACUCUUGCCCACAUACAUGAAGGAGAUCCUGCGAUUUGAUGCACAGGAGAAUGGAUUUUUGUCUGCCCUACCUUAUUUUGGCUGCUGGUUGUGUAUAAUUCUGUCUGGGCAAAUUGCUGACUAUUUACGGGAAAAACAGAACUUCUCCACUGUUUGUGUUCGCAAAUGUUUUACCCUAAUAGGAAUGAUUGGACCUGCGUUGUUCUUAGUAGCAGCUGGAUUCAUAGGCUGCAACUAUGCACUGGCUGUUGCGUUUGUGACGAUAUCAACAACACUAGGAGGAUUUUGUACAUCUGGCUACAGCAUCAACCACCUGGACAUAGCACCUUCGUAUGCUGGAAUUCUCCUUGGCAUCACAAAUUCUUUUGCUACUAUCCCGGGAAUGGUGGGGCCAGUUAUUGCCAAAAACCUCACUCAUAAUGCACACCAGAGUAAGAAAUGUUGCUCUCCAUUCCAUGAAGAACCCUCUAAUUAGGAUGUCCACCUGGAAUGAGGGAAGUAAGUUCAAAAACACAUUUCACCCACUUCCGAGCAGGAGUUGAACAACUGCUUUGGGAACAUGUCUUAGUGUUCCCAGGUGUUUUUAAGUGCUUUCUCCUCAAUGUCUCCUUCUGAUACAGCAAAAUUCUAUCAACACUGGUAACAGAGAUGGAAUGUCUUCUCAGAAUAUCCUACAGCAUGUGACGUGGGUAUGGCCUGAGAUCUGAACCGUGGUCUUUUACACCUUCAUCAUGCUUUCCAAAAGAUGACUGGCCACAAAGUAAUGGGUGUGUUUUUCAAUUCACUAGUUCUAAGGGUACCACUUAUCAGUUGUGCACCUUAAAGAAGUUUGAAAUAUUUGACACCAACAAAUACGACUUAUGUAGGUUUUUUCCAUGCUAAACUAGUGAAAGUUUAUAUAACUCUUCAUAAUGUUAUAGGCGUCUGUGCAUUGUGCUUCCCCAUCUGGUAACAACUGUAUUUGCUGUGUGAAAGAGUCACCUUAGUUAAUUUCCCAGAAGUUGAAUUGGUCCUGUGAUGUAUCUUUUUCCUGGCUUCUCCUCUCAAUCACUUGUUUACUUAUAUGCCAAUUUAUCCUCUUUCACUGCCUGGGAAUGUUUGUUUCCAUGACAAAUGAACUAACCUUUGAGUUUAACAGGUCUUCUGAUAUUUUUAGCAUUUGUCAGGAAGGAAAACUGUGAGUGAGGAAGCCUACACAUUAUACAGAAAAGUAAGACAGUUUGUAUGGAAAGGUAGUAUCUUCUGUUAGAUCACCUAGAACAUCGGAGAAAAAGAGACAUGCUUUUAAACUUUAAGCUUCCUCUUUUACAUUUUGCCCUCAACCAUCACAACUAAGACACUGCUAUUGUGUUUUGUAAGCUGUUACAAUGAGUAGCAUCUUAAGAGGGUCUCCCAUUUCUCCUCUAUCUCAAAAAUGUCUGCUGUUAAAUCACAUGAUUUAAGAGGAAUCCAAUCAAGCCAAAUCAAAUCAAAGCAAUUCUCACUCAAACAGUCAUAGGUUGGCCAAAUCCUUUUUUGACACCUGUCAGUGAAGAUGGUGUCUCUGUUAGUACGGAGGCACUGGUCUGAAUUGUUAUACUGAGAAGGAUAUGUCUGACUUGAAGCUAAGGAAAGGAUAUAAAGUGACAUGAAUGAUUUGGUAUUAGCACAUUUUGCUAUUACUGUGCCCAAGGGGAGGAAAUCACCACACCAGCAGUGGCAUAUUUAUCAACAGCAACAUAGAUAAUCCUGAAGAUAUGGGGAUAACUACUUAAGGAGAAGCUGGUUAGCCUCAUGUUUGGCUAACUAGUUUCUAUAACUCUUCUAUAACUCUUUUAUAUGAAGAUAUAUAACAAGCCUUUGUUGUUUUUUUUUAAUGCAUUUGUUUAACUAAUCACAAUGUGACAGAAUCAACUCUUUCCUGAUUUGCUACUUCAUGCUUCACUCAUACAACAGUUAUUAAUAUUUCUACAAUUCUGUCUAAUUGACUCUAUGUUUAUAAUGCUGAAAUAUAGCUUAAGAAAGGGUUCAUUUAUUUAGACUUUAUCUUAGUUAUUAACAUUAUUUUGUAGGUUUCAAAUAGCCAGAAAAAGAACUGCAAGGAGACACUAGCAGUUAUUUAAAUCCCGGUUGUGUAGCAAAUGGGGGGGAGGGAAGCGGGGGGGAGCAACAAAGGCAUGCCAGAGGAUAAAAUAACACUCUAUUAAGUGAGACACUAGAGACCCUCCCAAUUAGAUUCCCAUUGCAACCUUUCUACUUCUCCUCCUUCAUAAAGCUGCCAUAACAGUGGUUGGUCAUAUGUUUUAAACUAAAACUGCAUCUAUGUGAUUCACAUUCCUGACAAAGAAAUAAUUUUUUUACUGUAUGUAUAACUAUUGAUCUGACUUAGUGUAACACUUGGUAAUUGCUAAGAAGCUCCAAUACACAUCUGACCAAUGUGAUUCUCAAAGAAUUCAUAACUCAAACCAGUGAAGAUUGCAUUUCUUUGAGGAAAGUUAUUUCCAUGUGAAAUUUUAACUGUUUGGCCUUAUCCGUUAAGCAGUGCUGUCCUAAAGGAGUUGCAUGUGUUAUUUUUUCUUAUCCCAUGUAAGGUCCAAAAUUUGGAGUUGAUGUCACUUCUCAGUGACAUACUUAAUAAGAUUGCACAUUGGCAGAGUUCAGGCCUGGAUCAGACACAAAACAUGAGAACUCUGGUAGUGGAGUAAUCAAAGAAGGUUCAAGAACUGGUGUACAUUUUCAAGUGAAUGCAGAUUAACUUCAGAAUAAUGAUAACUUUGCUCUUAUUGCAACAUGAUCUGUACAAGGUUGCAGCACACUGCAAGAAAGGGUACCUGGGAGUUGCCCAAGGCAUAGCAACAGAAAGAAAGUGUAGCUUAUUAAGACAAAAUUCUGUUUGCCUGUCUUCUUUUAAAGGGUAGCCAUUUACUAUAGAGUAGAGCUGAGUGAAAAGUGGUAAUAGCCUUUGAUAAUGUGUUCUUAGAAGGAAAUUUCAUUACAGGAAUUUCUUUAAAUCUUUUUUUGUACUUUACAGAAGUUUCCACAUGGCAGCUUCAGAGUAGGAAAUGAAAUAAUAAUUUUUCUGGUCUUUUCCUAAAUUAAACUCCAUUGUGGACACUUAAUAAGCUUAUCUCAGACACAAGGUCAUGUUUUCUGAUGGAAAACACAGUUCUGUUGAUAUUUCUCUACCUCUUCUUCUGAAGUAUUCUAGCAGUAAAUGACUAGUCUUCUAUUUCUGAAUCAUCUUACUAGCUGAGAAGACUCAAGAGAUGAGCAGGAGAGGGUUUGUUUGGUUUUGACUGGGGGGGGAAAUGUGAAAACAAACAAAAAAAAAAGACAAACCAUCUUUCUUACACUCCUUUUUCCCUGACCAUCAGCCUUCUGUAUCUACAAGUUUAAACAGUCUCUGCUGAAGGGGAAAAAAAAAGAGGUUUUCAUGUAUUCAUUCAUUAGAAGGAAAUAAAGCAAGAGUCCUGCAACAAUUGAUAAUUUGUAAGCAAUUUAGGGUAAACAUAAUAUUCUAAAAAAUUCAAGUAAUUUAUGUGAUAAUAUGACCAAAUAGAGUCAUUGCUGUGGCCAUCUUUAAAAGGAAACUGAAAUGGAGUAUAUUUUGCAGCUCAAUUCAUGACUGACACUGUCUGUCAAUGCUUAAGAAGCAUUUAGACAGGAUCCUUAAUAGUUUGAUGUAACUUUUGGUCAGCCCUGAAAUGAUCAGGCAGUUGAACUAGAUGAUCAUUGUAGGUCCCUUCCAACUGAAAUAUUCUAUUCCAAGACUUAUGUCUGUCAGUUCCAUUGAGCAUUAUGUAGUUUUAAUGUUAUUACUUAAGCAAAAACACUCCAAUUUCCUUUUGCAUGAAGAGUCAGAGGGGGGAAGUGGGGAGACAAGAAAAGGAAAGAGGGCAUUUCCUUUAAUAACACCAAAAAAUGUCAGUCUUCUGAAUGAUCUUAAUAUUGAACUGUAUGAAUGUACAAAAUGUCACUAAGUGAAAUUUGCCUUUGACUUAACUAAUUUAUGAUGCUUUCAAAUUUGCAUGAUAUGCAUGGUCAGUGCAUCUUGCAUGGUUGUUUUGUUCAUCUGGGAAAGGGCAUACUAACUUGGAGGGAAAGGUGAUUUUUGCUGUCCAGUAGAAAGGAGGUAAUAAUGUGUUGCUCUGCUCAGAUAGGAUGAGAAAUCAAGCUCAUAGCAAUUUUAGAGGAAUUAAUUAUUAGCCACAAUCUGAUUUACCAUCAAAUUUCUGUUAUUACCUUCAUCAUAACUGGCAUUAAUUUCACACAAUCACUGCUCCUGCAGUCAGCAGGCCUGAUUAAAGGUCUGAGACUAAAGUUGAAGGGCUUUUUAAAAGAUCUGUAUCUGGAUAACUGUUUCAACUGUAAGUUGAACGAUAAAUUCAUUUAGAAUGGCAAUGGAAAGGCUUAAUUUCUUGUCUGGAAUGUUGUUUACUUCGUGCAGUCUGUCUUUUUUUUCUUUCAUAUUUAGAGAUGAGCAUAUUUUGGAAUCUCCUUCCCAUGCAGUUACUUACGUUAAUAUUUUCUGCUAUGAAAAUAACUUCUACUUAAACUUAAAAGCCCUUUUGUGGAGAAAAUGGAAAUUAAGAUAUUUGAAUUGUUAAUACAUAGAUGGUAGAAUUGCUAAGCACCUCUGCGUGAUUUUGAAAGUAAACUGCCAAAUACAAGAUAUACAUAGCAGCAGAGAAGGAUCACGUGGUGGAAGAAUAUUCACACAAGGAUAACGGUGUUAAUUUAACACCUCUCUGUAGAGUCAUGUUGAUGCCAAUGGUACUUGAAGCAACUAUUGCUGCUAAAUUACUUUGCUGUAGUAUGACCUAAAGCCACAUCUGCAAAGGAGAUGGCAAAGCUGUGUUGUCAUACAUAACUCGUAAAGUGCAUGUUGCCAGCAAGAGAACCCACAGUUCUCUGUCACAGGCAUAAAGUCUCCCUCCCAUGGGAGAAGUGGCCUUGAAUUCCUACAGGUAGAGGGUGGAAAUCAGCUUUGUUCUCCCUUCUAUCACAGAUGCAGGGAGGGGGUGGAAUUAAAUAAUCAGCAUUUACUCCCUGUUUUAAAAGAAAAUGGGCUGCUUUUUUUGUGAACAGCCCAACUUAUCAGUCCUCUCAUCCUCAAGGACUGAGAACAAGGACUGCAUAGUGUUUGUGGAGCUGUGAAAGGUUUAGAAAGAAGCUGUAUAUUAAAGGCCUUUGUAGCUGCCUGUGUGCAGCCAGCACUUUAAUAUUAAAAAAGGACAUACGUGGGCAGAACAGUCUCUAGAGCUGGGCAGCAGCUGAGGUUUUCGCUAUCCCAUUCAAAGUGUGUGCGAAGUGUGUUCACAGAUAUCUGUAACUUUGCAUGCGUUGCAACAUUCUUGGGAUGCAAAUUAUCCCUUCUUGCUGAAACAGGCUAUGGAAAUCAAUCCACAGCAGUCUUCUUCAUUCAGUCUAAGAACACGCUAGUCACAAGCCACAGAAACUGAUUCCUCCCCCCCAGCUCUCCUCUUAACGGGGUGCUAACUUCAAAGGUUACUUUUGACCGUUGAAAUACCAACUGUAUUAAAUAAGCGGUCAAAAUGCAAGCAACCAGUUUGAAUUGCAGGAAUUCAAUUAUAAGCAGCUGGCUUCACUUCUAACUGAGGAUCUAAUAGUAAAAAAAAAAAAAAAAAAAAAAAAAGACAACAGACCAAAACAAAAUUCCAAACUAAAUCCAUCUGUCUGCUUCUACGCAAUGAAAGUUAAAUAGCAAGUAUGCCACUUUGAAGCCCAGAUGAAAGUUUCACUGUUCAGAGCAUGUGCAACCUGUACAAACACACUUUUACAAAGGCAGACAUCUUGCUACAGGAGGUAAAAAUAAAUCUCUCUACGGGUUUCCUCUUCCUCUGUCUGUUUUAAUUCUUCUGAAUCUCAAAAUAUGAUGCAAAGUCACAACGGCACGCACAGAUGGUUGGUUCAUAUGCAGCUCUGGUUGUUCUGAGGAGGUUGCUGUUUGACUUCUGUCCUUUCAGCUGAGUCAUGAAGUAUAACUAUGCAGUUGUACAUUUCUUUGUGUCGGUGCUCCAGGCAAGGAGGCUGCUGAGAGCAGCUAUCUCUGGCAGUGAGGAAACACAAAAGCAGGGAUUUAGAAUGUGCAGCAGGGCAGUGCUGAGCUGGUGCAUGCUUCUGCAACAAUGGAGAGCCGUGGCAGGCCGCUGCCCCAGCACGGCUGUCCUCAGCCAGCACCCGCCCUCUCACCAGCCACCUGGAGGCAGUUCACACAUGUAUAAGAAGGCACAGAGGAUGAUAUAGAUAAAUCACUAAAAGAAUUCAAAGUAAUGGGAUGGCAAUAAUUUCUCCUAAAAUGCUAAUCCUUCAAAAAUCUCAAGAUCAGCAACUCAGUCAGCUUAGUCAGUAAAAUAUUUUCCACUUUCUGCAUGAUGCCUUUGCUGCACUUGAUUUUGAUCUGAGAACUGUUCGUAAAGAAAUGUACCAAAACUUCCCAAAUAGGCUUCAGUCAUGCCCCAAAGUAUUUUCUGAGGCCCCUCCAUCCCCACAGACAGUUUGUUUGAAAUCACUGCCUCCAGCUGUAAUUGUGUCCUGGAGCCUUUGCUUUAAAUGAAAAUGGCUUCAAGUUGAACCCUAACCCUUAUUAUCAUCCUCAAAAGGAAGGAGGCCCAGUGGUAGUUGUGCUCCUGUAUGGAUUUGAGUACACUUACUUGAGUCCUUCAGAGAGAAAAAUUAUCUUAAAUAGGUAGUCAGAUGUAUUAGUUAGUAAUAUAUUAAUGCUAUAAUGAAAUAUCAGUAACUAGUUUUACUAGCCAUCUGAAUGCCUUCAGAUGCUUCCCAAAUAUCUUGGCGUUAUAAUGCCUUAUUCCCUUUGUUCCUUAGAUGGGAUAGCGUAACAGAGAGCUACUUGGAAGAGAUAAGGGGAGAGAGACAGUUGCGGAGUGGGAACCAGUACUGUGAGCAACUUGCUGCUCUUCAAAGCCUCUGUACAGUGCAAAUGAGGGUCUGCAGCCCCUGAGCUUUAGAAAAGUCAGCAAUUGGCUUGUGACUGUUUGCUUAGCAAGUUUUUGUGCUUUCAGUCCUGGACAGCUGAGAUGCAAAGGUGAGCAGAUUUCUCAUAUUGUAGUUUGUCAGACUAAACAUACAGUUGGUUCCAUUGUGGAAGGUUUGCACAUCUAGAAAAAAGGUAACACAGGAGAGGAACCAAAAGCUAAACACUGGCUAAUUUCUAUGAAGGCACAAACUAGGGGUCUGAAAAACAGGUGGCUCUGGCACAGUAAGAAGCAGCAUCACUGGCAAGGUAUUGCAGCCACGGGUAACGCCUCCUCCAGCAAAAGCCUCUGGCCAAUGCAGUCUCUGUUUUCUGACUAAAAUCAGCUUCAUGUUUUAUACAUCAGCUAAGUUAAAAAGAUUUUAAAGGAUAUCAGUAUGAUGCAAGUUGAGCCUGUGCUAGUCUAGCCCAUUUCAGUUAAAUGACAAACUGGGAACUAUAAUUCUCAUUUCUGGUGCAGUGUAAUUCUGCUUUCAGAAAAAGAAAGCAGUAUCCAAAUUCUUAUUGUUUGGUAUAGAAUGUGAAUCAAUCAUAUUAUUCUUCCUAGUAAGUACAUACAUAGCUAACAUCCCCGUAUUGCAGCUAUUCACUUUUAAAACAACAUUCAGCAACAUAUAAAAUAUGAGAAAAGGCAUGUAUAAGUACACUGGAUUAAGCUGUCUUGCUUAAUAAGGAGAAAAAAAUUAAAAGACAGAAGUUUAUGUAUUGUAUACUGCAAGUGGUAUUACUCUUAGUAAUUCCCAGUGCAGAUGAGUUGUCUAUAGAGUUUUGUUAAGUUUAUCACUUCUAGAGCCAAGUGAUUAAUUUAUUUUGGUUAUUUUUUCUUUGUUUCUGGUGACCAAGCCUUCUGUCUUUGUAUUCCACCAAGCCAUGGAAGUGAAAACCUUAAAAUCACUAUGCCUGUGGCUGUUUUUAUGUUACAUCUGCAUUUCAUCUCACUUUCACUGCAAACAGUGACUUCCUGAUAUGCAGGGCUGUGCUCUCUGCUCUUGCUUUUUUUGCUUUCUCUUGUCUGACAAGGACUCAGGUUAAUGACUCUGUGUAUGUGUGCUAACUCUUUAAUUUUUUUAACUCUGCUGUUUCUGUUACAUUGGCAACAAAUGUAGCACUGCAGUAGAAACUAUAUAUGCCUCAAAUUAACCAGAAAAAAUGUGAUUAUAGUGAUACAUGUUUUACUUGUAGCUCCAGCUGCAGUAAUAUGAGACCUGCUUUAUAAUUCAUCUACUGGGAGUUUUGUGUCUAUUUUGAAACCUCUGACGUGCUUAUUAGAAGGUAACUGAGAACUGUAUACCAACACUCUCAAGUAUGGUGAUGACAGAUCAGUUUUUUAAAAAUUUCUGAACUGAGGUAUUUCUGGACUGAGACUUGCCUAUCAUAUUGUAAGAAUGACAGGGUUAUAAAUCAUGCUUAAUCACCAUGGCUUACCUUAAUAACCCCUGAAAACCAGUUCCGCUGCUGCCUGGAUGGCAGCAGGAGCAAUUUUUGAUCUGUUGAGAGUAGCUGGAUAGAACCAUCUCAAACCAUCCUAUACUUACACUAAAGUAAGACAAGGGUGAUAUGCACUGUAUGUUAUGCCAGGUGUUUCUGGUAAUCUGCAUAGUAAAAAACAGAUUUGGGCUUUUUCACAUAGGUUUGUGGUUUCUCUUUUCUCUUUCACUUUGAAUUAAUUCUUUUUGUGUUUAAAACAAAUACUCUGGUCAUGUUUGCAAAUGGGUAAAUUGAUAUGCCCAUAUAUCCUGUGGAUAGUAGCAGAGGCUCUCUGGUACAUGUGAUACAGGUGUUGCCUGUGUUUCAGGCAUGGUCUGCGUUCCUUUUCUCUGAGCCUAGUCAGAGAGAAAGUAUGUGAGAUGCUUCACUGCUGGCAUUCUGGGAUACAUUGAACAUGCAUUGGCAAUGGUUUAAAAACUGCUGGUUUGGCUGAAAUCAUAAUUUCAAAGCCAUGGCAAAGAUUGUUGUCAUGGUUUUGUUUUCAUAGUGCAUUUUAAAGAAGCCCUGAAGCAGUUGGUCUUAUAAUCCAAAAAAAGUUGCUGUUCUGUUUCUUUUGCAGUGAUUUCUCACCAUCACCACACCCACCCCUCCCACCUUACAUGGCGCUUUAGGCAGUCAUUGGAUAUCAAAAUACAAUUUUGAUAAUUGUCAGGAAGAGAGAAAAUAGGGAAGAAUGGAGUGGAUUGUGAAACUGAAAUGGAAAGUAUCCUUGGUUGAUAUGUUUUUAAAAAGCUACCUAAGAUGACAGAGUUGUAAAUUAUAAUUCUUACUUUGUGUGUAUUAUGCUGAGUAAUGAAUACUUAAGAAUUAGCACUGGAAAAAAAUAGACUUGGCAUGGAAAAAUACUCAGAAUCUUUUUGAAAGAGUUAAGUGUAUUUUCACAAGGUUUAAGCAUGAACUGCAGGUCUGAGCUUCUGAGGAAUAUGUGUAGUAUGUGACACAGUCUAGAUCUGACUUGAUGGUUACAAUGGCUUAGUCGAGAGGAUAAAUAAAUGAGAGUGCAAUUUCACUUUGCAGCUAAAAUGAUGUAACUGAGCCGUGACACCUAAAUGAUAUAUCUUGCUUCCUGUGGUUUGAAUCAGGGAAUCACGUGGCCAUGAAGUUAAUUUGAUCAUCUGAAUGAUUGAAUAGAAACUAAAAACAAAAGUUUUCCUGUGAGUAAGUUCACUGAUCCCACUCCCCUUUCAACUACACAAUCACUAGAUCCAACGCAGGAAAUCUUUGGAUUGAUAGAGGAGAAAAGCAAUUCUUCUGGCAGGUAUUUCAAGCUGCAUAGGUUUAGCUUUGACAUGGAAUAACACCUUUUAAAUUGUUGAACUUGGAUUUAAGCUUAAGAGAAGAAAUUAAAACCUUAGUAUGGAAUAGACUUUUCUCUUUCCUUUCAUAUUCUUUAUGUUACAGUUUGUUUUACCCACACCAGUUACUGUCUGAAUCAGAGAAAUGUCAUUUCUGAGCUGUUGUUAAUGGAUGCUGUUUUUCAAGAAUAUCACAGAAGAAAAGGGGGGAAGCAAGUGAGUAAGAGUUUCUGCUUCCGUAGUGCUUAUGGGUGUGCAAGUGUUGCUGGGUCUCAUGACUCACUGCACAGCUUUGUGAGGUAAAUGGGACUGCAUUAGCUUGCAGAGCAAGUAUAAACUAUUUCCCAUAAAUAGCGAUACCGCACUUCAUCUCUAAUGACUCCACAGACCUAAAUUUAGAGAAGGAGCCCAUUUUUACAACUGCCAUUUCACUCACACAUACAAAUGCACCCCUAUCUUAGAUGGUGGGGGCCCCAUUCAAAUGUGGGGGAAGUGGGGGAGCCGUUGCUUAUGUGCACCCCUACAUGUUUUAUUAUUACAGUAUUCGUACCUGUAUGUAGUGUGUACACACAAUUAGGUUUUCUAUGGUGAAUGACAGUGUAUGUACAUAAAACAGCUGGGGGUGAUUCUCUGUGCUAAAUCAAAAACAGCAUACAGAAUUUAAAAUUCAGAGUGUGCUUUUCACUUCAGGUUGCCUUAGGAAUUGCACAGUCUGUGCCAUGGAGUCUGCCCGGUAACUAAGACCUUCUAGCUCUUCCUGCUUUGCACAAAGGGGAUCCCUGAGUGCUAUUCCCUGUUUCAGUAGCACAGGCUGUCUCCUGCUGAGCGUAGGAAAGUUCCAGUUUCAGGCAGCAGAGGACAGUAACACAUGACUCGCUGGUGUGAAUCAUUUUGCAAUCUUUUGCUAGCCCAUACUGUCUUUCUUUCAUAUCUUACUUUUAUUCUGGGCUGUGGGGAUAGCCACAGCUCAAGCAUUACUCUUUUACAGUUCAUAUUCCCUUCAUCUGCCCUCCACUUGGGUAUCCUCCAUUGUGGGGGCCAGACAGGGAUGUCAUGUCAGCUGUGGCUCCCUGUCUUCUGAGAUUUGGCCUGAGUGCAAAGAGCUGACUCAACACCUGCUCCGGGUUUAAAGGGGCCGAAGUCUACUUUAUACAACAUGUGGUACAAGAUUUUAACCCCUGAAAUGCCAUUCCUCUGUGGAUUGCCUUGCAAAACCACAAUUGUUGUUUCUCACAAGCAUUGUUGCCAAAGGGAAUAAGAUGGAUAGCAGCGCAUAUGGACUGACCUCCCCCAGAAUACCACUUAGCUGAUAGCUCCUGUCAUGGUAUCACUGCCUGUGGGAAAGUCAUGUGCACUGCUUUUUAGCAUUCUUCUAGAAGUUGUUUAGAAACUGCUGGAGAAAACAAACGUGUUUUCCACCAUUUCAUUUUGAUAAGAAAGUACUACAGAACGAAUGCUUUAUAACAUCAUGCCAGGAACGUACUCAGUUUCUAACAGCUCUAACAUAACCUGCCAAAUGCAGUGGCAGGAUGAGUUUGUGAUAUAAAAUUGCUUCUCCCAUUUUUCAUUUUUAGCCUGAGUCUUUCUUGGUUAGGGUUUAGGAGUGACUAUUCCAUUUCCUUCCACAUCUCUUUCUUAGUUAUAUUAGAUCAGCUUUUUGGUUUUCAGUAAAUUGUAUUUGAUCAACUAGUGUGGAAGAGGGAAUUUACACAGUGAGAUGCAUGAUUACUGGUUGAAAUAUUUGUGAAUUUCCAUUCAGAUGUGACUACUGUAACUACAAAGAUUGACCUUCAGCUGAUAAAAACACAUUAAAGUCGUGGAGAUGCUCCAUAUCAAGCUAAACAACAUGGGCUGGAAUUAUGGUAUAAGAAAUUCAUUUGUGAUCACACAGAUCUUCUAAGUAAUGUAAAUCUAUGGAAAUUAAGGCUUGAAGAGACUUUCGGGUAUGUAUACAUAAGUGAGUAUUAGUUAUAAAUGAACCGUUCUUGCUAGGUAUUUAGGUGCUUGUAAGAAGUUGGGUAAUGAUGGAGGUUCCACCAGCUGCCCACAGAAUCUGUUCCAGUGUUUUUGCCUCUAGGUAUCAUCUUGAAGCGUGUUUCCCAAGAUGGACAAAGUAUGGACAAAGUAUCCCAGCAGAGGCCUUUAUGAGUACUAAGUAAAGUGAAAGGUUUAUUUUACAUAUCUCACAGCACUUCUGUUUAUACACCUCCGUAUGUUUGCUUUUUUCACAGGAGUAUGGCAGUGUUGACUCAUGUUUAGUUUGUGAUCCACUCUAACCCCAGGUCCUUUUAUACUGGACUGCUGGGUAGCUGCUACUUUUCCUGUGUUUGUGCAGUGUACUGUACCUUACAAAGGACAAAUAUUAACCUUAAUUUGUUUCCUAAUUAUUUUAGACCUUUUUUUCUUUACUUGCCUACACUAUGCUGGCUUCUCUUCUUGACCUCUGAAAUUGUCAGAGGUGUUCUCUGCCCCUUUUCCCCUAAGUAUGCAAUUUAAAAUUACCAUUUGUGUGUAUUUAUAAUUGUACAUUAGUAUGGUGGAAUAAUGUCUGUGUCCACAGAAAAUUAUUUGAUACAAGUUUUCAUAGUGAUAUUAGCAAUUACUUUGAGCCCAUGUCAUCUUCAGCUGGUCUCCUGCACAUCCAUUAUUUUGUCCAAAGUUUGCUGAGCUUACUUAUGCAAAUUGCCUGUAAGAAGCAUCAUAUCCUCCUAUAAGUUAAAUUAUAUCCACAUUUCACCCUCCCUGAGCCUGUUAAACCUGUCACAGUAGACAAGAUCAGUUUGAUGCAAUCUGCUCUUAGCAAGUCUGGCUCUGUUACUUAUCAACCUAUUAUCUUCUAAAAAUAGUUCAUUUGUUCCAAUAUAUUUUUCCAGGAAUUGCAGCUGGACCGACGUGCUUUUUCUCUUUUGGUGCUUUUGCUUUAUUUUUUUAUUUCUUUCCUGAUUUUUUUUCUAUAAUCUAGAUUUCUGGAACUUUCCCAUUCCAUAGCUUUCCAUGAUAAUCAGUAGUGGUUCAGAGAUAGCUUCAUCUGGCCAAAUACUUCAGAGACUGUAUUAAGAGUCAGCUAACUAGAAAUAUAGAUAUAAUUUUAAGUAAAUGGCCCCUCCUGUUCCUUCUCCCUCUCCCCAAAUCAAGUUCUUGAUCCUUUAUUGUGUUUGGGGUUUUUUUUACUGACAUAAUUAAAUAUUAAGCAUUUCUUUAUCUGUUGGCUUACUGCUUUAAGCAAGCUGCUACUGCUUUCACUGACAUUUACAAAUAAGCAGUUUCUAUUUCUACCUUAACUACCAACAAGCUUGAAUCUUCUUUGUGUCUUUGUGCUCAGACUUUUGAUUCUUCCUUUACAGAAUUUUCUGUCUUAUGAAAUCCUAGAGACUAAGCCAAACUGGCUUUCAGUAAACUCAGUACAGAUUGAACAGGUCAAAUGUGAGUACUUUUCCAGAUCUAGAUUUAUUCCCAUAGUUCUUCUCUGAAACCUUUCCAAACUUUAAUUGUCUCAAAUCUAAAUUCACUGAAUAAAUGUCAAGCAUAUGCUAUAUUCACUAAAUCUGAGCAAGGCUUCUAAAUUACUUGACUUGCACCACUUUUGGUUACUGCGGUUACCACGUAGCAAGAAUGUGAUUACAGUGGAAACUGAUCCUAUGGCCUGAGUGAUGCCAAGAGUCAAAACCACAGCAAUGUCAAGAUGGCAGAGUGAACAGUGACACAGCUGGAUGUAUCUGCACCAUCCUUACCAGCCCAAGUCUCAGGUGCUGCCCUUCUUCCUCCUUUGACCUAUCCAUCCACUGUCUCCAAUUUGUAGCAUAGUUUUGCAGUCCACACUAAAGUGACCUUUAUUAUGUUUCUCUCCCUUGAAGACAUAAGCUGCAUCUCAGAGUUUUUUGAUUCAUAUAUUCCUUCUAGGAAUCUGUCUAUAGACUGUCUCCUUCCUUGACAACUUGCCUUUAUAUGGAGAGGCAGAAAGGCAGGAAUACAAAAGGUCUGCAAGGUGAGAAUGAGGAUUUACAGGUUUUUUGCAAAGUGCACAAGCCAGCUCCAAACCUACUAUAGUGUGAGGCAGCAAAAUUAACCUGAUGAGUGAACAUUAAACAAAGUUAUCAGAGCAUAGCUCAGUUGCUGUGAGGGCUCAGUAUGGUCAGUGGGUAAGGAGUUGAGGUCCCAUUUAAAAGUUUUGUCGUAGGCUUAUCAGCACAAAAAGAUGAAUACAUUGCUUUUGGCAAAUUCAUUUUUAGCAGAAGAGACCAGAGCUUUAAAAUGGCAUUUUGGAGGUUCAUGACAAAUCGAGAACAAGAGCCAAACUGUCUUCACCCAGUGGAUUUCAGCUCAAUAACUGACCCUGUCUUUUAUAUAUAUAUAUAUAUAUAUAUAUAUAUAUAUAUACACACACAUACACAAUGCUCCCAUUUAGGGUAUUUGUUAAAUUGAACUCCUAGAAGGGCUUACCAUUCAUGUAGCAUGUCCAGAAGGUAGUAGGAUAUAGUAAAAAUGUGAUCCCAUUUGGGGAAGAGGAGCAAGUGCCAUAGUCUGUUUGCUGUUGGAAAACACUUAAUGCAAAACCACAGAACAGUUUAACAAAUUAUAUUGUCUCUCCAUAAUGGUGGUUACAUCAUCAGCUCUUCACCUUUAUUCUGAAUUACUGUCUAGUAAUUCUGCUUUUUGCCUGGAGCUAGGUCACCAGCUGGUGUAAAUUAGCCUAGCACUAAUGAAGUUUAUGAAGUUUUGUCAGAUGUCUGCAAGUGAAGGGUCACUUUUUGUUUAAACGGAUGAAUUCUUCAUGGAUCUGAAGUCCUCUAGCUGUCUGCACGUAUAUUCCCAUUCACUGUUCAGUUCCACAACACUCUUUUUGAAGUAGCCACCUGUGAGGGUUUUUUCCUGGUUAGGAUACUUCUGCUCCAAACCAAAUACUUUCAUUUUCUAGCUCGCAAAUGCAGACUUCCAGAGAGCACAACACUGGUUUAAAUACAGCUGUUAGUGCUGGCUGCGUCGCAGUAUACUCACUCUGUCUGAUACUAAACCUUCAGUAUCACAACUCUUAUUAAACCUUCCAUAUAAAUGAGCUUCCUUGUGCUGUGGAUAAAUGUGAUUUGAAAAGAUUGAACAAAGGAUUUUUUUUAAAAGCAGACUAUCCUUUAAGCACUAGUCCUUCACCUAUUGUAAAUGCUGUAACUGGAACAGCAGUGCUUCCCAGAGGAAAUUUGUCUUAGAGGAAACAGUGACUUUUCAAGAGGCUCAUGUUAAGUUAUUUAGAAGACUCUGAAAUUGUAACUGCUAGUUCAUCCCAGUGAUACUUCUCAACAGUUUUGAAGGCAAUGCUCUUAUACCUCCUACUGUAAGACCUUCUUUUCAUUGGGUUUCUAUUCAUUGGGUUUUUAUUUAAUAAACAGACUAUUGUAAAAUCUGGUAGUAAGUGUUAAGAUCAUGUAGGGAAAAGGAUUUCAUAACAAAUGUAGAUGCUUUUUAUUUCCCUUAAUAAUCAAUGCAUUAAAUAGCACUUAAUACAUGGAAGUAAAGCAGUGUGCUCAAGCUAUAGUUUAUGUUGAACUUCAGACAAAUGUACAUACCAUGAUAAUUGUAAUGUAGGAAUUAGAAAGCAUUUCACAAUAAGUAGGAGGCUAAUUGUAUUACAAAACGGUGCCGUGUACCAGAAUGUGGUUUUGCUAAUCACUAAUUACUUAUUGGUAACUUUGGACUGCUUUUCCAUCAUACUUUCUGAAAGUGCACUCAAGAAAUCUUAGUGCCUCUUUCAUUCAGUGAGGCUGAUUUAACUGUAUUUAUCAAAUCUGUGUUUAAAGUCUUGUGCUUAUAAAGUCUGUUUGCUCCUGAAUGACCUUGGUCAUUGCAGUUAAAAUUGUUGUAUAAGCGCUAGUUACCUUCGUCUUCGUGCAGGACUCUGACCAAAAAAGAUGGUAUGGUAUCAGAGUUAAAAUUCUUCAGAGGUGCUCAGUGAGCACCUUUUAUUUCCUAGCAUGAUUUCACUGUCUGUGACUGCGUUCUAAGCUUAUAGCACAUUCUGUAUGCACUGAAACCACAUGCUAAAAUGAAAGUAAUGCUGCAGUAGCUACUGUGAUCUCAAAAUCCAGGUAACAUUUAUGUUUUAAAGCUACAGUAUUUGGCAUAGGUAUAUUGACAGCAUAACUUUCAUAUUAAUAUAAUUUGAUCUGAGAUUCAAAACCCUUUUAAAAUAGUGGCUACUGUAUAGGUUCUAUGUGCUCUUACACUGGAGACAUGUGCGGGCAUCAGAUAUUUCAGUUUAGUAUAUGCUCACCAGUGGUUAAAGGAUAAUGAGUAAUUUUUGCCCACAAAGUCCUCCUAUUUCUGAAGUCAGUCUGGAUUGAACAAGCAAUGUUCCACAACCUGAAAGACCUUGACUUCUUGAAAUCUCUUAUCUGUUUCUUCCUAAAUGUUAUGUAUUGAAGAGAUUGUUUUGCCAAAUGAAUAAAAUCUAAAAUUUUAACAGGCUGUUUGCAUACAGGAUUUAGUCCAGGGUAUGCCUAUUUGUGUUAGCUGAGAAGAUUCUUCAGAAUGCAUUUCCACUGAAUUAUGUGAGGCUACUCAUAUAUCUGAAGGUCCCCAGCUGUAUAAAUAUUUGUGAGAUUGAUAAUAGGAAUGUUCUGCUAAUAGAAUGGACAAGGAGAGAUACACUAGUUGUUGAGAGAAUAAAAACAUGCAUUGGUGAGAUUAAAGAGAAAAUAAUAAAAUUCAUUUAAAAACUCAGUUAAAGAAAUGGAGGGGAAGAAACUCCUGUAGACUUGAACUAGGGCCAUGGUUAAAAAUGUGUACCCUUAAUUCAGCUUUCAUAGCUUUCAGCUAUUUACAUACCACAAAAAUUGCUCUCUUAAGAAAUACCUGGUUCAAAAACCUUUACUUAUGAAAUAGUCUUCUAAAAAACCACUCUCUUAAGAAAUGUGCAGUUGAGUAUGGACCAUGUAAGAAAUUAGUAACAUAUUUCCUUUCUUCUCUCCCUGUUGAGGCACAAAUAAUUGACUACAUUUGGGAAGUGUUAAAACUACCUUUUUAUGAGAAUGGAUUCUUUGACAGAUCAAUCCAUUAAAAAUACUCCCCACUGAAAUACACAUUUUAGAAGCUAACUUCAAACCAUCCUGCAGAAUAAAGCUUUUUAGCUGUGUUUACAAACAGUCAUUGCUUUACAGGAGACCCAAAAAGUGCUGCUUAGUUUUCUUACCAAAUAUUACCCUUUGGUCUUCAACCUGAGCCACUAAAUCACUUUAAAAUAAUGCAUUUCCAUUUCCAGAAAGUGAUCCACCUCCCUGUUACAGUGUCUUCAUAUACGAUGUAUUCACUAAUAACUGCCCCUAAAGGUUAGUUUUCAGGAAAGCUGAACCAUCUCUAUCUCCCUUCCACCCCCAUCACUCAUCUCUGCCUAAAAGCACAGGAAGGGAUAAGAAGAACUUGAUUGCUUUAUUCCUUUCUUUAAAAUCAGAGUGAUUGUUUAAUGAUAUCUGAACCUUUUUGCAGGUUUACUCAGAAAGUGGUUAUUUGUGUAAAAGAUGUGUUCUAAACUCAGCCUCAUCUCUCAAUUUUUUUUUUACAUGAUGCACCUUUUUUACCUUUCAUGUGGAAAAAUACCAGAUAUCAUGGAAACACUUCAAUUCCAUAUCAAACCAUGAAAUACUGAGUUUACAUCUCACUAGUGAAUUUGAUGCUGGGUUUAUCUCAGCUAGAGAAACUUUGAGUCAAGUGGAAGUGUAGAUGUGUAGAUGCAUGAGGUGUUUUUUUUAUUAUCAGUUUGUUGAUGUUGUUCUUUUUUGUUUGUUUUUGAACAAGAACUUAUUUCCAUACUUUACAACUGCAACCUGAAGCACGUAUGAACAAACAAAUAGGAUUAUACUUGCUUAUAGAUAAGUAACUAUUGCUGACAGGCAUAUAAUGUAGCUGAAUAUCAACUGUGUAGCUUCUAUGCUUUGCAGAGAGUUGAAAAAUAAUAAACAGAGAUAGUUAAGUUUCUCAGCUUGUCUUGAAUAGGUAUAAGAGAUGUUGAAUAUUUAAUGGCUUUUUUUACAUCGGUUAGGAGCAAGAAAACCAGAGAAUAAUCCACUGCAAUCACGAGAGCCUUUAUUUCUGAUGUUGUGAUCUGUUUUGUGACUCCUCAUUGCCCUGAUUCUAAAAAUAAUUUGCUAUGGCUGACGGUUUUCUCAUGAGAAAAUACAGUAUAGGGGCACUUCCCGCAGUCUGGGUUUCUCGCACAGAAGCUCCAUGUCCUGAGUGCUUAUUAAUUGUGAUUAAUACAUUUUCACUUCAGACGCGUCGUUGCUGGAGGUGCCUCUGCCUUGAUUAGUACUUUUGUGCCAAAGUUUUCUGAGCCGAGUCAACUUUUGUUCUCUAAUGGUACAACAAAGACAGAAAAAGCUU